GAGACGACGAAGACGACAUUGACGACGACGACGUUCCGUUGGAUCACACCGACCAGAGACACCAGCACCAACAGAGCUAUCGAAACACCGUUCAUAGCCACACCCAGCAAUCCGCUUUCUUUUUUCCUUCGAACCGAGAAACCGAACGCAACAACCACCAUGUUUUCGAGCAAGAGCAUCGCCUACCUGGCUGCCGCGGCGGCCCUGGCGGCCUCGCCGAGCUCUGCCUUCGUGCCGAGAAGCACCGCCGGACGAAGCCCCGUUCCUCUAUACGAUGCGGCGACGUUCACGUCGGAGGGAGCCAAAACCCAGAUCGGAAACGACUCCUUCCUGAACGAAAACCUCAUGGCCCGUGCCCAGAACGGACCCGGCAAGAAGAACGAAGAGUCCCUCAAGAUCGGAAUCGUCGGUGCCGGACUGGCCGGUAUGAUCGCCGCCAUGGACCUGGCCGACGCCGGCCACCAGGUCGAGAUGUUCGAGCUCCGGCCCUUUGUCGGGGGAAAGGUCAGUUCGUGGCAGGACAAGGACGGAAACCACAUCGAGAUGGGACUCCACGUGUUUUUCGGCUGCUACUACAACCUGUUCGGAAUCAUGAAGCGCACCGGUGCCUUCGACAAGAACCUCCGCAUCAAGGAGCACACGCACACCUUUGUCAACAAGGGAGGAGAACUGGGAUCCCUCGACUUUCGAUUCCCCAUCGGUGCCCCCGUCAGCGGCCUCCAGGCCUUUGCCAAGACGGAGCAGCUGGGCAUCGAGGACAAAUUCCACAACGCGGUCCGGCUGGGAACUUCCCCGAUCGUCCGCGCCCUCGUGGACUUUGACGGUGGCAUGGACAUGGUCCGAGAACUGGACGACAUUACCUUUACGGAAUGGUUCACCCAGCUCGGCGGAAAGAGGGGAAGCCUCGACCGCAUGUGGGAUGCCAUUGCCUACGCCCUGGGAUUCCUGGACUGCGACACCAUCAGCGCCCGUGCGAUGCUGACGAUUUUCAUGCUCUUUGCCAUCCGAACCGAGGCCUCCGUCCUGCGCAUGCUCGACGGGAGUCCCCAGACCGGCCUCCACGACCCCAUCAUCAACUACCUCGAGGAGCGCGGGGUAAAGAUCAACCUCCGAUCGCCCUGCCGCGAGAUCGUCCACGACGUCGAUCCCGACACGGGCCUCCCCACGCGCGUGAAGGGCCUCAAGAUCGGCUCCACGGCGACCUACCACGAGUUCGACGCCGUCAUUGCCGCCUGCGACGUCCCCGGAAUCAAGAAGGUCCUUCCCGAUAGCUUCCGCAAGUACGACGAGUUUGACAAGAUCUACAACCUCGACACGGUCCCGAUCGCCACCGUCCAGGUCCGGUUCGACGGCUGGGUGACGGAACUCAACGACGAAAAGCGAAUGAUGGACGUCUCCGGCGACCAGAGCGACGGCCGCGGGGGCGGCAUCGACAACCUGCUGUACAGCGUCGACACGGAAUUCUCGUGCUUUGCCGAUCUCGCCGUGACCAGUCCCGGCGAGUACUACAAGGAGGGAGAGGGAUCCCUGAUCCAGGCCGUCUUUGACGAGCGCGCCUUUACCCGAUCGAACAACGAGCUGGUCGCCGACUGCAUCGCCCAGCUGAACGAGGUCUUCCCGUCCUCCAGAAAGCUCAACUGCACCUGGUCCAGCGUCGUGAAGCUCGGCCAGAGUUUGUACCGCGAGAAGACCGGCCAGGACAAGUUCCGUCCGAAGCAGGCAACUCCCAUUCCCAACUUUUUCCUGGCCGGAUCCUAUACCUACCAGGAUUACCUGGACUCGAUGGAGGGUGCGACCCGAUCCGGUUUGAUGGUGGCGGACGAGGUCAUUGCCCGGGCCGAUGGACCGAAGGGACUCAAGGCCAUGUCGAUAGAGGCUCAAAAGAACGCCGCGCCGGCAGAAGAAAAGGCACCCGAAAAGGAAAAGACGCUGUUUUUCGCGACGGAGUCGGCCUAGAAAAUCGUCGGGUUUUGGAGCAGCCAACACCAAAGGAUCUUUGAAUUGUCAAAGAAGAUACAAAUAAUAAAUACCUACCUGC